CCUGGUGAUGAAUCAUCCCGGCGGCUCCGCUCCGCUCGAGACCGCUCCCCGCUCCUCCUGACCCGCAUUCACCCGUACUGUACAGGCAUGGGGGAGGACCGAGCUUAGAAAGCGAGUAAACGCUGUAGAGUUCCCCCUCCGCAGACCGUGGCCAUGACUUUGACAGUCCCGGGCGGCUCUCCCGUCUCCACGCACCUGAUAGCGGACUGAAAGGGGGAAGCUAACACCGGGGAGAGGCAUUAGCAGACGGAAACCGAAACGGUAAAGCGGCUUUUUUUGCCUCCUAUUUUCAGCUUUUCACGUGUCAACCCUGCUCGUUCCCCCCACGUCCACGGGUGGGUUUUAUGUUAACGCGGCUGGAGGUGUUUUAACGGAAAGAGUGGCGGUGAGGGGGACAAUUUAGUGCACUUGUAAGGAAAUACGGUGGGGAGCUGCCUGAAGGGGACGGCGGUGCAAGAUUUUGCAGACGGGUGUCAAAUUUGUUCAUCUGCUUCAAGGAAGACGCUCUGCCACCUGAUGUUUUUGCCAAUAAAGAAGACCGGCCUCCAUCUUCAAAGCACCAGGCGGAGCCCCUGAAGAAACCUCCCUGUUGUCAUUCAGAGCCAGAGCCAAGAAUCAACUCCUUUCCGGAUGGACACUGGCGAACCACCAGCAUUGUUUUUCAGAGAACAGAAGAGAGAAAAAUAUAUUUAAGAUUGAUACAGCACAGUUUUACCUCCCGCCAUCUUGCUCCGAUCCAGUCAUAGAGAAACACUUCUGCUUUCUACCUCCUAGAGAAAUAGAAAAGGAAGAAAAUAGCGACUUAUUAUCCGUUAUCACCUCCUUCUUUUUCUUCUCUACGUACGUGCAGCAUUUUUCCAUUUUACCUCAGGGAUUUUCUCCCACUGCCUACCUCCUCCACCGAAACAGCCAACUGACUGCAAAAAAAAAAAGAAGAAACGCACCCGUGACAUCUCACUGUUGUUACCGUGACAACCUGUAUUGCCUCUCAAGCUCUCCUUUCUGCAGCCGUGACGACCAGCAAUGACCUUGGACCUCAUACCACCUGCCAGCUCUGCCCUGCUCCCUGCCUAAAUUGUACUGACCCCGGACCUGGAGGCUAGUUGUUACCGGAAGCAACGAGGGCAGCAGCUCCACUCGAACAAUCGCCUAACCCUUCUGUGCAGCAUACCUGGCAGGCAACUAUAUACCUCAGCAAACACAGCUUCUACAUAGACGCUCUGUCAAGUAAAUAGAAGGGAACUGCAACAGCAUUCACUUUUCUGGUGCUUUAAUCUGCCCAGCAGGUACCACGUGCUCAGUAGUCUGGUGCUUCAAUCUACCCAGCAGACGACUCACUCUGGCAUCUUCCACUCGCCUCAGAGGCAAGAAUAUAGCCAGGGAAGCCUCCAGAGAAGCAAGGCGAGAGACUCAGGAGUACCGCCUGUCAGGAAACUUUGCUUCAUUCUCUCAGCAGGAAAGUCACAUCACACACGAGCCUCGCCGUCCAAGCGGUAGCAUAAAUCAGCAGAUUGCCCACGGGGGCCUGCAGAAGUUCCCCCUUUACCGUGAGUUUACUCUUCACCUCGUGGAGCCUCCAGAGUAGGGAAGCUAUCCGAGGAGCCGGAGAAGUUCUUGGGAGCCUCGCCGGCUUUUUCCUACUCUGCUGGCAGGACACAAAGGAUAAAGAAGUAAACACUGAGAAGAUCCAUAUUGUGCAGCGGCGAAGAGCAAAGGAGGGACAGAUUCAGAACAAGUCAAGAAGAAUGCAAUGCUUUCCAUCCUUCCCAUCGUGCUCCUUCCAGCCAAUCGCUGCCCUCUCUCUCAGACGGUGGACUACUGAACGGGCUGCCGGCGAAUGCUGAGCAGGCUGGAGCGUUGGGGGUCCGCCUCAUUGUCCUGUGAUUGGCUGCUGGACGGGACUGAGGCCCAAUGGAACCAAUGUCCAACAAGCAGGAUAGCAAUUCGUCGGAGGGAGACGAGAAAGGGUGGCCAGAUGUGCCGAAGAGAAAGAGGAAGAACAGCCAGUGUUCGGUGAAGAGCAUGUCCGCUCUUAGCGUCUCUGUUCCAGGGUACAUCCCCAGCUACCUGGAGAAGGACGAGCCGUGCGUGGUGUGUGGAGACAAAGCGACCGGCUACCACUACCGCUGCAUCACCUGCGAGGGCUGCAAGGGUUUCUUCCGCAGGACCAUCCAGAAGAACCUCCAUCCAUCCUACUCCUGUAAAUAUGAAGGCUGUUGCAUCAUCGACAAGAUCACCCGCAACCAGUGCCAGCUGUGCCGCUUCAAAAAGUGCAUCUCUGUGGGCAUGGCCAUGGACUUGGUGUUGGACGAGAGCAAGCGCGUGGCCAAACGGCGUCUGAUCGAGGAGAACCGAGAGAAGAGGAAGAGGGAGGAGAUGGUGAAAACGCUGCAGGUUCGGCCGGAGCCGGACACGGCAGAGUGGGAGCUGAUCAGGAUGGCGACGGAGGCCCACCGGCACACCAACGCCCAGGGCUCCAGCUGGAAACAGAAGCGCAAGUUCAUGCCGGAUGAUAUCGGCCAGGGUCCGAUGGUGCCCACGUCAGACGGGGAUAAGGUGGACCUGGAAGCCUUCAGCGAGUUCACCAAGAUCAUGACCCCCGCCAUCACUCGCGUCGUCGACUUUGCCAAGAAGUUGCCGAUGUUUUCAGAGCUGCCUUGUGAAGACCAGAUCAUCUUGCUGAAGGGUUGCUGCAUGGAGAUCAUGUCGCUGCGUGCAGCCGUACGCUACGACCCCGACAGCGAGACGCUAACGCUAAACGGCGAGAUGGCGGUAAAACGUGAGCAACUGAAAAACGGCGGUUUGGGCGUGGUGUCGGACGCCAUCUUUGAUCUGGGCAAGAGCCUGGCGCAAUUUAACUUGGAUGACUCGGAGGUGGCACUGAUGCAGGCUGUGCUGCUCAUGAGCUCAGACCGUUCAGGGCUGACCAGUGUGGAGAAGAUCGAACAGUGCCAAGAGUCCUACCUGCUGGCAUUCGAGCACUACAUCAACUACCGCAAGCACAACAUUCCCCACUUCUGGCCCAAGCUGCUGAUGAAGGUGACGGACCUGCGCAUGAUCGGGGCGUGCCAUGCCAGCCGCUUCCUCCACAUGAAGGUGGAGUGUCCCAACGAACUGUUUCCCCCGCUCUUCCUGGAGAUCUUCGAGGACCAGGAAGUCUGACUUUAACGUCGCCUCCUGAAAGGAAACACGAAUGGUAGAAGAGGAAGCGUAGAUGAAGGACAAGAGGAGAAGAAAAACUGGAUUUUUUAUUUUUCUUCAAUGAGAUUGUGCCCUGUGAACUCAAUUUUUUUUUUUUUUUUUUUUGGCCCUUUUUUUUUCUUUUUUCUUUUGGUCAAACACUCACGAGACCCACCGCCCACCACCAGCAAACACACAUCAACAUCAUCCGGCAGAAACACGCUGGCAAUCUGGCUACGCUUUUUGUCAUUCAGAGAGGUGCACACACACACACACGCAGAGUACAAGAAUUGUAAAGGUUUAUAUAUAUCUUCAGAGAUUUAAAACGCACUGCCAUAAAAGUAAAGUCUAUCUAUAUGCAAACAUGAAUCACAUCUAUUCUCUUUUAGCAGCUGUACGGACAAACAGCUAUAAUGUUCCUAAUGCAAACUGAGGGGCUUGGUUUAGUCUCUACUAGCUGCACACCCACCAACACCUCAGACAAGUGUCAUUUUAUCUGAUCUCUGGGACCUGACCAUUAGCUCCUCAGACAACCCCACCCCUCCAAACUCCCGCCUCCCUUGCAUCUCCUUGGCUGGAAUGCGUCGUUCGUCUGCGCUUGCGGCCCAAACCCUCAUGGCUCUGUGAGUGUUCGUCAACCUACCUCCCUCGCGUACUGACCUCUCUCUGGUUCUGUCUCGCAGACGCACGCAAACACACGCGAUGUACAUGUACAAAACCCACCCCUACACUAUUACCUCAUGCCUAGUAAAGUGUGUUUCCUCAUUUAUUGACUGGGUGGCGGUAGUUUCACUAGAAAACAUGGAGCCACAGAGUUCUCAGUUAGCCACGUACCUCUUUGCUAGUACACAAUAGAGUGGAAACAUUUCUUAUGAAGCCUGUAUCUAUAAUGUAUUAUUUAGACACACAUACGUCUUCUAACUGCAGUCAUAGGUAUUAUUAUUGUGGAUUAAAGGUUACAAGAGGUCAUGAACAUUGUGGUGCUUUCUGUGAUCACUAAAGAGGGAGUGUAGUUACAUCAGAAUCAGAAUCACUUUAUUCAUCCCCAAAGGGAAAUUCAGUGCUCGUCGGAUAAAAGAAAGCAAGUAUUGACAUCCAGCUUACGUCCAAUAUUCUGAGAAAUUGUCUUUCUUGCUGAAAGUUGGAUGAGAAGUUUGGUUUUCCUCAUGCCUGUAUGGGUGAACAUGAGGCUACAGCCAGCGGCUAGUUAGCUUAGCUUUGCACAAAGACUGAAAACAAACCGUUAGCUUGGAUCUGUCUAAAGUGUAAUUCCAACAAUUUAUGCUUUAAUAGAAGUUAAAUGCCGGACUAUUUGUCAGUCUGAUACAGGAGCAUUUGAUUAUCUUUGGACAGAGUCAGGAAACUCCUUUCUUCGUUUUGAAUUUUGAGCGAAGUUAAGCUAAUGUCUUGUGGCAGAUGGAUAAAAAAAAUCAUAUCAAUCUUCUCACUAAACUCUUGCCAACAAAGCAAUUAGGCAUGAGUCCCAAAAUGCUGAACAUGGGUCCAGAGUAAUAUAUUUUAACAGCUAUUUGAUUAAUUUCCAUUAAACCCUCCCAGUGGAUGAACUCUAAUAUCUUUUCAUCAGGUCAGAAUUUAACUUCCUUCAACACUUGGAGCUACCUUAAAAACCUUUUCCUAUUAACCUCAGCCGUGCUUCGUGCUUAGAACUAAUUGUGCCGCUUAAUGUUUGUCCCCCUCAGCUCAUUUUUCACCACUGUGCAGAUACAGCGUUGAUAGCAGCGGCUGUUUGUAGCAACAACGCUCCAAACCUAAAAGUAUAGUCGCUGAAAAUGUUAGUAGUCUAAGAAUAUUUCCUUCAGGAGGUGGUGGAGACCAACACUGCCAUCAAACAGAAUUCUAAUUGGACUCCAAACCACUACUUUAAAUUGGCGCUGUUGAGCCAUUGCUGGAUGUAGUUCCAUCAGUGUUCUGUUUCUGCUGCCCCCUAGUGGCCAAAAAUCAAUUAAAUGAAGUUCCUGCUGUGGCUUUUUGCUGUCAGGAUCAUCCAAAGUCGAGUUCGAAUAGUCAAUAUUACAUCCUCUGUGUUUUCCCAAACAUUUUUCACUUUGACCUCAAUGAAAAAGUCACAAAAUCAAGAAAAGACGUUAAGGAGAAAUCAGGAGAACGUAAGAAAAGACGACCACGGUGCUAAAAUCAUCUGACUGCCCUUACAUUAGGGUGUGUCGUCGUGUUGCGGUGGAUAGUGUGUCGCUUUGAAUGCUGUGGCUGCAAGGAAUUGUGUUGAAUUUCUCAGAGGAAGGUCCAGCGUCCAUGCUAAAGGAGGAAGCACUGAAGAAGCUUUCCUUUGCAUUUAGAGAAUCAGAGCAGCUCUCAUCAUGGCUGCUUCUUACACACUUCCAAGUCUGUUCACUCAGUUGAGGCUGUUGGAGCUCAGACGGCGUAUGUUCUCCACCCUCUCUGUGCUGAACAGAAACCACGUCGUUACCUCAUUCCUAAUUUAAUGUUUACAGAAAGCACCGGUUAGAACAUCUUAUACUUUUGCAUCAGAAAAUGAAAAAGUCUAUCAUAUUGUUAUUUUACUAACUAUAGCUUACAACAGACUUAUAUUUAUAUAUAGCUGGAAUACCUCACACAUACCUCCUGUUUUCAAUACCUCACACUCGCCCGUUCAGCUGUUUUCUGACGUAUUACCUCAUUUGUUGUGUUGCUUUUCUCGUCGUCGUCCUGAAUAACCGCCGGGCUGCACACACACUCUCUGUCUGUCAACGUGUGCACGUCUUUUCUCAGUUAAUCGCUCCGUAGCUCCACCUCCUCAGCUCUCCCUCGUCUCGUGGUAGGUUCAGCACUAGCACUUGGUGGUGGGAGAGGACGGUGGUACUUAGACCCCCUCCUCCGGCGCCUGCAUCCAUUUCAAGUCCCGCCUGAAACCGACAGAUUCUACCUCACCUCUCAUCUCAGAGCAGCUGCCCCUCUGUCUGCAACACACACACAUGUACAGAUACGUAAAUAUACAUAUAUAUGUACACGGUGCACAAACUAAUUGCCAGCAUGGACCCUGUGGGUGCUGCUCCUCCAGCGGUGAGCAGCGAGUCUUUUAAACGGGCCAUGGAUCAACUACCGACGGCUGACAAGGCAGUUUUUGUAAUUUUCUCCCUUAUUUUUUUUCGUUUUUAUCAAACACCACCGGGGACCAAGAGUCACUUUGAGUUCUGUUUUUAUUUGGGAGCCUGAAAAUGACAUUACUGUGUGCCGAUUGAACUUACAGGUAACUGUCAGGGGAGAACGACAGCUGGAAGCUGGGACUCCAGUUGAAGCCAUUUUGGCCCUUUCGGGUCAGGCCAACUCUUGUGGGUGGUGACUGGGAGGUGAAUAAACAACAAGUGAAUCAGCAGCACUCGCCUGUGGAUACGGUUUCAUCCCGGUCGAGGUGAGGGGAACGGCAAGCGUGCAGCGGUGGCGAUGAGUCCAGGCCGAGCCACGGGAAAAACCUCGCGCAGGUUUACGGCCCCGAUAGUACAUCUUCAGAUCCUUCCCUCGCAGCGGUCGCAGCAGAGACGGACGAGCUCUCUGGAGACGUCCUCGGCGACUGUCCUAUCCCAGAAACUUACAACGUGAAUUAAUCACUGCUGAAAAGAUCUCCACCAACCAUAUCCCAAAAUGCCAUCCACUACAAAUAAUUAUCAGGUUUUUUAUGUUGCACUAAAAACACAAUGUCUGUAUCCCUUAGCAGCCCUGAAUUCCUUCCUCUAUCCCUCCCCCAGCAUCUGUCCUGUUUCUGCCUGUCUGUAGCAGUCUUAACGGUAUUCUCUCGGACACACAAGCACACACACGGUCCGUUAGCUCUUGAUUACAUGUUGGAACACGCCAGGACUGUGACACGGCCUUUAGGCGUCGCCACGCUCAGUGUUACUAAUGUAUGUUGCAGGGUAUUUCAGUCGAACGUGCUGAUUACACAGGGAUAAGGACACACACACACACACACACACACACACACACAGCAAUAGGUUGAUCGAGCUGUACAGGUCCACGCCGGCCGUCUCCUGGCUCGCUGUGUUUGUACUCUGCUCACUAUCACUGUGAAUGAAAGAGCCAUGCUGCCACCAGGUCAUGGCUCAGACAGGGAACUGAUGGCUUAGUAAUUCAUACAUGUCAAUGUGCCUCACAGAGGUCGUAAUACAGAUACUCACUAUACAGUAUAUAGAAUCAUAUAUUUAUAGAUAUGGAGUAUAUAUACAGAUAUAUAUAUAUAUGUAUUAAUGUUACAUGUGGCAUUAGAGCUAUCAGGGGCUGAAUUUGCGCUGCCAGCUCCAAUCAGAUCAUGAAUCUGUCUGACCAAUCAUGUAGCAGAGGGUGUCAGAAGUCACUGUACUCAGCUGUAAUAUAAUAUCUAUAAUAUUUAUGUUUAUUUUCAGAUGAUAUGAUGCAUUAUGAUGCUUGUUUGCCUUGUGGUGAUCACCAACUACCCUCCAUAGUCCUCCCACCUUGAUGACUUCGCUCCUGCAUCUCUUUUUUCCCGUUCAGAGACCGUAGAGACGAGCUCGGCGUCAUGAUUCGAGAUCUGGGUUGGAGCUGGCAGCUCAGCCUCUCUGUCUCUCUCUUUCUCAGCCAAAUGAUCACCGGAGAAAUCCUCUCCCUGUCCUCUUAAAAGAAACACACCAGCACCACAGAGCACACUGCCUUCAGCCAUGAUCAGUUGCACCAGCAUAGCAGAGAGAGACAGCAACCAUCCUCCUCCUCCUCACCAAAAAGCCAUUAUACCUGGACGUCAACGCCAUCACACUGCUAUGUUCAGACAGCAGGCAGCUCCACUUAGGUCUGUUAACGGUGACGUUUGUGACGGACUAGGUUGGACAGUGCGCUCAUUUCCUGACUGUGUGACCUCGUCGUCACAGCAACACGUUGUCCGCCAGACAACUCAAGAUGCUGCGACAAACUAGUGCUUGUUCUAUCUUCUCUGGCUUCAUAACCUCCUUGCCCUGCGAACAUGAGAGAGGAAUUCAAGAAAGGUUCUCCUUUAUUUCCUAAAACGAUAAUCGAUUUUGCUCUGCAUGAUUAAACAUGUCAUGGCAGUUUUACAGGAUGAGCAGCAUUGAAAUGCCUCCAGCUGUCAGAGCCACAGAGUCAAAAAACUAUUUUUCUUGUGGCAAUAAAGCAUUGUUUGAAAUAAGCAGCAUUACUGAGGCCGUUAGGGUUUGCCUCAGGAGUUGCACCCUGUUUCACUUCCAAUAAACCGCAAAGUCUCCGUGUUUUCCGCACCGUGACCACAGAAUUGUGUUUCCUCUCUCGGUCUCUUAGAUUAAAGUUAGGCUUAUGUUACGUUUACAGUAAACUAAAAUGUGAACUUCACGUGAAGCUCUGCCUCUGCAGCACGGCACGAAACUCUAAGAACCACACUGAAACAGUACAACUACUGCUUUUAUUACUUACCCAGGGAAAACAUCUGUAAGCCAACAUCCUCACAUCUACGCCCCCCCAAACCUCACGUUCCCAUUCCAGUCUCCUGUUUUUUCAGUCUUCCCUCUAAUUUACACCCCGAACUCCUUUUUCUGUUUAUUUCUCUCUCUCUCCUCUCAGUGUGCACCUCCUUCCUUUCACCUGCCCCAACUCAUGCUAGCACUCUUUGGUGGAGAAAGACAACAAUCCCUGCAGGAAAAUGUCCACAUGUGGAAUGUAAAAUACUGAAAUUGUACGAUUAAAGACACGGUGUGAAGUCCCACACUCAUGUUGUUUUUGAUGUUGUUGAUGUUGCUUUCGUUGUGCACCAAGUGUUCGUUGUUCUGCUUAUUCUAGGGUGGAUGAGAGUUUAAAACCCAGAUCGUGUGACAGACAGCUACUGAUUUAAAAAAAAAAAAACAAAACACUAUAGUAUGUUUGUAAAAGACUUGUGGUGUGAGGACUGAAAAUCCUGAGUGAUGUAAAGCCAGGGAUGAAGUGACUUUGUUUUGGGUAGAGAAAACAGCUGUUUUAUGAUUAUUCUUUCAUGUCGUUAUUAAUUUGCAUCUGAUUUUCUUGGUAAGUGGAUUUCUGUCUAUCUGUGAUGAUGCUUCAGUGUGAGAAUGGCUGUAAAUGCACUUUCAGACCAUGGUUGGUGCAGUGGUAGAUCGUGCUCUGACAUCAUGCAGGGCUCAGGCUUCAGUCCACCUUCAGUUCAGCUGGAAAAAAAAAACAGCUACAAGGGUCAUCCUGAUUAGUACACUUUGAAAGUGAUGCUCAGGAAUGACCCGCUGGUCACAUUACACAUUCUGAUGAGCUGUGUCCACAAGCACUUUAAUAAGCGCCUUAACAGAAGUGAAUUGUAUUAUUCAAAAUAUACGACUUCAUCUUCAGAACACGAAGCUGGAUUUUAUGCUUCCUGCCUUUCUGUGAGCUGGUUCCUGUGAUAAGCUGAGACACUAAAAUAUUCCCCACUUUAUGAUUUCUUUUAGGCCUUAAAACCGUCUCAAUUAGCGAUGAUUUUCAUAACUUUCUCCAAGAUACGAGUUUCUUUGAAUCUAGCUCUGAGCAGCCUGACUGAUGUCUUCACUUGUUAAAUUAGCUGUUACUAAAAUAGGAGCUAAUUAUCAACAUAAUCUGCUCCCACAUUUGGGGAAAUUUGUAUUUUUACAAGAAAAAGCACUUACGACUAACAAGCACUAGAUGUUCUCGGUCUAGCAGAUGAUUUGUUAUUCAUAGACUUUUAAAUGUAAAGCUAACUAGCUAGCGUUUGGGCUAAUCUGACACGUAUCCAUUUCCACUUCCAAGCAGUUGGCUGCUCAUACAAAUAAUCCAAAAGCACUCUUAUUCGUAGAGUAAGUAUUAAAGGAACAGAGAGCCACAGAGCUUCUUCAGUUCUCAUGUUUUUACAGCUCAGUCCUCCCUCUCUUAUUGUGAAAGGACAAAAAAAAAUUUUUAAAUCCUUCGAAGAAAAUUUUCACUUUGCACUUGUAGAGUUAGAACUUUUUGGGGAGGUCUGUACAAACAUUAUUCUCAUAAAGAUGAGUAUUAAAUAUGCUUAAUUUCUUGUUUAGCUCACAGAACAAAACAUUUUACUACAGUUUCACUAAAUACAGUGAAAAAAAGCAAAAUCUUUCACAGAAUUCUUAAUCACUUAUGUGUGCACUAACCUUCAAAAUCAAUCAGUACAAUCUGUGCUUUCCUCUAAAACAAUAAAUCUCAUAAUAAUAAUGAUAAUAAUGGCAAUAUUAUUGGUACAACUUGAUGUACAGUUCACUAAAUGAUCGUCCAAAUGGUGUCCCAGAACUUUUAUUGCUGUCCCUGCGUCCUCACUAAUAAUUCUCACUCAGUCCCCUAACACACACACACACACACACACACACACACAGAGCUGUCUCUACAGUCAAAUCCAUGACUUUAGCUGAACUGAACGAGGCUGAACCUGGGCCCUGCUCUCCACAGUUGCUAGGGCUGUAUCACUUGCUAAGCUGGGCGUUUGCUCUUACUCCUGAUCUGGGUCAAACAAAAAAAAAGAAGAAAAAAAAAAGAAACACCGCUCACGUCUUGAUCUAAAUCUGAAUCUGACCUCAGACCAGGGUUCAUCUUGCCGUGUGUUCUGUAGAUCUGCCGUAUGUAACUGUCAAUGUUGUGGCAAGAAUCGUGUUUUUAGUGGUAAUAAGCCUCACCACACAAAAUAUAAAAAAGUUUAAAAAAUCCCAACUGAAACCAAAAAAAAAAAAAAAAAGAUUUAUGCAACUCUUCAUACCUCAUCGUCCUGAGUGAUCAGUCUCAAGCAAACAGGAGCACACCACGCUGUCAGGAUGAUUACAACGAGGCACCAGAAUUUUGGAGUUAAAAAUUGGUGGCUUGACAAGUUUAGUUUGGAGCUCCUGACUGAAGCCUUUUCACAUCCCAGGAAUGUAAGCGAGACGGGAGGGGAAAAAAAUGACCACUCAGAAUAAAUGUGUUGUAGAUGUCGGUUGAAUUUGGUAAAACGCUUACGAGAUGUGUUCAGGUUAGAUGCAUCAUUGUGACAAUGUUGUGGCUCAAGACAUGUUCGAAAACUGCUGCACUUGUUAACGGCUCUACGGAUUUGAUAGCGUGAAAUAUGAAGCCAUGCUUUGAGUGUUUACUGUGUCAUCAGCUGGCAGAUGUUUGUUCCUUCUCUGUGUGUUCUUCCCUGACAAACCAAGAGAGGACGGAAGCUUCAUCGGGACGAGCGUGGACAGGGAGGACGCACUGAGUCGUCUGGCCAAACCAAGCAAUUACUGCAAGCUUAAAUUACAAUCUCCUCUGCUCAACAACUGCAAACAGAAUCCGAAUGGCACGUUAUCUUCCCCAAAUCUCCUCGAAAGCAAACAUAGAUACACACUGCAGUUUGGAUCUGGUGUAUUUCAAACACAGGCCAGUAAAUUGUGCCUUGAACAUGAACAGUCCCAGACGACUAUUCCCCUGAUGAGAAUGUCCUCUCUUGUUUUUGUUUGUUGCUUCCUGCAGCUCCCCUCCACACUGACUUUACGCGGUAGCCCUGAUUAGCGUAUCCGAGAGACGACACGUGAGGCCCUGCACGAGCAGAAGGCUAUUUCCUGUUUGCGAAGCAGCCAUAGAUUUUUUUUUUUUUUGGCAGAACACAGUGUUGAAUGUAAAGCUGAAUGAGAUGUGGGUCGAAGCGCCCCAGACGAGAGCUUGACGGUGUAUUUAAUAAUGCUGGUUGUGGGUUUGUACCGGGCACGGUUGUUGUUUGUCUUGUUUUCUGUGACAAAUCAUUCAUGGCACAAUCAGAGAAUGGCAUCUUAAUGGCUCAAAGCUGUUUGUGUUUGUGGCUAUGUGAAAUUCAUUUUCAACAGUAUAAAAUGAUUUGAUAUCA